GAGGCCGUCGCGGUCGCGAUGACGUAGCAGGCGCAUGCGCACUCUGUCGUCGGUGCUGAGGCGCUGAGGGGUCCGUGGGUGGAAGGCUUUUGUUAGCAUUUUUAGAGUCAUCAGCACCUUCUGACUGGGAAAAGAUGGUCAACGUCUUGAAAGGAGUGCUUAUAGAAUGUGACCCUGCCAUGAAGCAGUUCCUGCUGUACUUGGACGAGUCAAAUGCCCUCGGGAAGAAGUUCAUCAUUCAGGACAUAGACGACACGCAUGUCUUCGUGAUCGCAGAGUUGGUCAGUGUCCUCCAGGAGCGAGUAGGCGAGUUGAUGGACCAGAAUGCCUUUUCUCUUACCCAGAAGUGAAAAUAUUAGAUGCUGACCCCUCGGGAAUUAAAAGUAACGAGUGCGAGAGGCUGUCGCCUUUCACUGUCUUACGUGACCGCUUUGGUUUGCAGAAUUGCUUAGAAGCAUUUCAUGGGGAAGACGGGAGUACCGUUUGUUCAUAAAAAAGCCCCUGAACUGACUUUCUUGUGCUGUCCCCCCCUCCAGUGUAUAUACCCUAGAAGUUAAAAAAAAUUUUAAUUGGCUUUUAUUUACGUUUAUUAAAACAUAAAUGUAAUUGGUUUUCCUACCUUUUAA